AACACCAGACUAUACAGGUUUCAUCUUGGUAUGUUUUAGUUGAAAAAAAAACUUUGAUCUAAAAACCCAUUAAACAAUACUCAUUUGCAUAAUCAUUUCUGCUUCACAAUGCAUUCCGGGUGCCAACAUGAAAUCGAGGACUUAUCAAAUUCAUCUCCUCAAUCAACGGGUGCAAUGCAGAUUACCGGCAGCAAUGGGAUUGUUCAUAAUUUUGAUAUAAAUGCUCAAAGUUGUAAUAGAAACCGAUCGAGCUCUCAGAUUGAUAUACAAGAUGAUAGCUGCUGCUCCAUUAAAGAUCGUCCGCUUCCCAUUUUCCUCAAGUUUGAAGAUAUAGAGUUUAAGGUGAAAAUGAGCAAAGCAACUCCUGGUAAUCCAGUGAAAGCGGUUAUGUCAAAGGUGGCUUCACACACGAACACCGAACAAGACAACUAUAAGCAGAUUUUAAAGGGCAUAACAGGAAGCAUCGGCCCGGGUGAGAUCCUUGCUUUAAUGGGUCCUUCUGGUAGUGGAAAAACAACCCUUCUGAAAGUUAUAGGGGGGAGAUUGCGCGAAAACGUUAAGGGAAAUGUCACAUAUAAUGAUGUUCCAUAUAGUCCAGCUCUUAAAAGAAGGAUUGGAUUUGUUACACAAGAUGAUGUGCUCUACCCGCAAUUAACGGUUGAGGAAACGCUAAUUUUUGCGGCGUUUUUAAGACUUCCGGGCAGCAUGAGUCGAAAGCAGAAAUAUGAAAGAGUUGAGGUCAUUCUUAAGGAACUAGGACUUGAAAGAUGUCGAAAAACACGAGUAGGAGGAGGAUUCAUAAGUGGGAUAUCCGGGGGUGAACGGAAAAGAACAAGUAUAGGAUAUGAGAUCCUGGUUGAUCCUUCAUUGUUAUUACUUGACGAACCGACUUCAGGCCUUGAUUCCACAUCAGCAACCAAACUCAUUCAGAUUCUAAGAGAAAAUGCUAAGCUGGGGAGGACAAUCGUCACAACGAUCCACCAACCGUCAAGUAAAGUGUUUCAUAUGUUUGACAAGAUAUUAUUAUUAUCUGAAGGACAUCCGAUGUACUACGGAAAGGCAAGAGAAUCAAUGAGCUAUUUCACGUCUCUAAGGUUCAUCCCCGAUAUAGCCAUGAACCCUGCAGAGUUUCUGCUAGAUUUGGCAACGGGUCAAGUAAAUGACAUUACCGCCCCUGAUGAUAUCGCGACUCCUAAAGGCACUUCUGAAUAUGAAAGGGCGGUCAUCAGGUAUGUGCAACACAGGUACAAGAUCGAACUGGAAAGCAAAGAGAAAGAAGCGAAUCAUAGAAGUUCGGGAAAGGUCCCCGAACAUCUUAGAUUAGCAAUUCAAGUGAAGAAAGAUUGGACGAUAAGUUGGUGGGACCAGUUUUUAAUAUUGUUCAAGAGAACAUAUAGAGAAAGAUGGAGGGAUUACUUUGAUAUGCUAAGAAUAAUUCAAUCUCUUGGAGUUGCAGCCCUGUUAGGCCUUCUAUGGUGGAAAUCUAGCUAUGCUACCGAGGCUCACCUAAGAGAUCAGAUUGGGUUGUUGUUCUACGUGUGUAUCUUUUGGACAUCUUCAUCAAUAUUUGGAGCUGUAUACGUGUUCCCAUUUGAGAAAUAUACUCUGGUAAAAGAAAGAAAAGCGGAUAUGUACAGGCUAAGUGCUUACUACGCGUGCAGCACGUUAUGUGACAUGAUCGCACACGUUACUUACCCAACUAUUUUCAUGUCCAUUUUGUAUUUCAUGGUUGGAUUCAAGAAAACUCUACAAUGUUUCUCUUUGACAUUGUUAGUGAUCUUAUUAAUAGCCAUAACCAGCCAAGGUGCGGGUGAAAUGUUUGGGGCUGCAGUGAUGAGCAUUAGACGGGCAGGCAAUGUUGCUUCAUUAAUACUAAUGUUGUUUCUUCUCACUGGAGGUUACUAUGUUCAGAAUAUACCGGAAUUCAUGCAAUGGUUAAAGUAUAUAUCAUUCAUGUACCAUGGGUUCAGGCUGCUACUGAAAGUGCAGUACUCGGGUGAUGAGUUAUACGAGUGUGAAAGCAUAGGUGGAUGUAGGCCGUUGCAGAGUUCACCAUCAUUCGAUACUGUAAACUUAAAAGGAGGGUGGAAAGAAGUUUGGAUGCUGCUAGGAAUGGGGGUGGCGUAUCGUUUGUUGGCUUAUAUUUGUCUUAGAAGAAAGAUUAGCCAAUGCAAUAUUUGAUUAAUUAAUUAAUUAAUAUCUAGAAUAACCUUUUGUUCAAGAUUAUA